CGAGAAGCCUUCCUUCCUCUGUAUUACUUUUCCGCUUAAAAAAAACGAAGGCUAUUAUCGUCUUUAUCUGAUGGGGAAGAGGAAAGAGCGUCGCUUCGCGGCUAAUAAUACGAGUCGUCGUGUCAAGCUUGAUCUCUUCGCGGAACCCUCUGGAGAUUUGGGUGGCUCAGAUGUGCAUUGUGAUGGAGUUGAGGAGAAAAAGACAGAGACUAAUGAGUUACCUAAGUCACCUUCCUCUUCAGGGAAGAAAACAGAGAACCCUUUGCUUUUACUUGGACAAUAUAGUGACGAGGAGGUGGAAGAGGAGGAGAAGGACAAGGCAGAUGAUGAUGCUGCUGCCGAUAGUUCUUUAGCCAAUAAAAAUGAACAGGUUGAUGGACACAAGGAUACAAGUAUCAAGUCGAGUGGAGACACCACUAUUCAGAUAGUUAACCAACAGCAAACAGGGGAGGAUUCUUCUGCUUCUUAUUUUAAGGCCGAAGGGGGAAGUGGUUAUGUCACAGCCAGUAACUCGACAGCCUCAGAUGGACUAAACACGCAGAAAGAUCCCUCAGUCCAAGCUUCUGCCACCGUGUCUUUGGAGUAUCAUGCUCCCACGGAUGUUACUUCCCAGUGGAAGAUGAUUUUGCAUGAGGAGAGCAAUCAGUAUUACUACUGGAACACACUUACUGGGGAAACUUCGUGGGAAGUUCCUGCGGUUUUGACGCAAACUGCUACGGCAUAUGGAACUGGAUACAAUGAGUCUGGGCAUAUGGUUGCAGAGGCAUACAAUUUGAGUUCUGGUGUUGAACCAAGCUAUUUGCAGCAACCCGUGGAAAAUAUGUACACAGGAACUGAUUGUUCGAUCUCUGUAACAGCUGAGCUUGGUGAGAGAAACAAAAGUGAAGAUCAUUAUGCCAAAAGCUUAGGAACUGAUGCUCAUCAAGUUGAAUGUCAGAUAGACCCUGCUGUUAAUUACCAACCAUGUCAGGAGGAGCUUGCAGGACCAGGAGGAUCAGAUCAUCUGCAGACUACUUUUGAUCAAAAAGCGGCUACUGACCUCCCAUCUCGCCUGUUGAGCCAAAGCGAAGGCUUAUUGGAAAAGCUGAGGUCUCUGAAGAAGUCUCAUGGGAACUUUCACAGCACUGAGAAGAUAUCAAAGUACAUAUUGGAGCUUGAAGUGAGACAUUCUGAUGUAAAGGCGCUAUUAAACGAGACCUCACCUUUACUUUCCUUUUGGCUCCACACUGAGAAAGAACUCAAGCGUCUGGAAGAGGGUGUUAACGAUGAGAUUUACGAACUUGCAAAAUCUGCAGUAAUGGAUGGAAUUGCAGAGACUAACAAGAGCUCUUCCAAAGAAAAAUUGGCAGCAGAUGAUAAUACGGCAAGUGAAGAAGGAGAGUUGGCUCAACCUGAAAAAAUUCUUCAUUCAGAUGAAUCAGUGGGUGGUGAUGGAUCUCCCACCCACUCCCAAACCAAUCCAGCUGAGCAGUCUGAUAACGUUACUCCUCCUUUAGAUGAGAUUCAAAAGGUAGACUCCUCAGUUGUGGAAGAUAUUGACAUGGACGUGGAUAUGGAGGUUGAAGAAUCAGUUCCAGCGUCUCCUGCUCAAGUGAUAGAUGCUUCCGAUGGUAAGAUGUUCAGUCAAACAGAGCCAUCCAACUUUCACGAAGAUGUUCCACCACCUCCGGGGGAAGAAUGGAUUCCACCACCACCUUCAGAGAUUGAAGAUGUUCCACCACCGCCACCAGAUAGUUUUAGUGAACCAGUUCCUCCACCACCUUCUGAAAAUGAUCAUGUCCUUCAAGCCUUGUCCAGUGACUCUGUGGGAGUUCCCUACACCGUACCUCAAUCUUAUAUGCAGCAACCUGCUGAUUAUGCUGCACAAUACAACUUAUCCUAUCCAGAGUCAAAUUACCAAUAUAUAGCCAAUUCUGCUGCUCCUAACCCUCAGUUCUAUGGCCAUGUCGACGGAUCUCAAGUCUCUUUGCCCCAGUCGGCAUAUUACUAUGAAACUGUUCCUGGUACAAGUGAAGUUACUCCUGUUGAAGCAUAUUACAAUCUCAAUGGAGUAGCUCCGCUGUUUCCAGUCUCUGCGGAGUCAACACUGAAUCACGUUGGAGUUGGUUCUGCUAAUUACAACAUCCCAAGCGAUUCUUCUAAAGCUGUAGAGACUAGCUCCAAAUCCAAUGACUCUACUGACGUAGCAUCUUUAAGCACCGCUGCUCAGUCCACAGAUGGAACUGGUGGAUCGUCUGUAUUAGCAAAGGGUCAAUCUAAAGUGAAACGGACUAAAAAGAGGACAGUUGCUGCUACUACAUCCACAUUGAGGUCAAAUAAAAAGGUUUCUAGUUUGGUGGACAAGUGGAAAGCUGCAAAAGAGGAGCUAAACGAUAGUGAAGAAGAGGAAGAAGAAGAUGAUUAUGGGAUCCUUGAUAGAAAAAGACGACGAGAAAUAGAAGAAUGGAAAUCAAGACAGAUUGCGAGUGGGGAGGCUAAAGACAAUGCUAACUUCCAACCCCUCGGUGGUGACUGGCGUGAGAAAGUAAAAAGGAGGAAAGAAAGAGCGGGACGUGAAGAUGAUGAGCCAAAGAAGAAAGAAGACAAGCAACAAAAACCUGAUCUGACCAAAAUCUCAGCACAUCUCCCCUCGGGUUGGCAGGCGUAUUGGGACGAGUCUACCAAAAAAACUUACUAUGGGAACACAGUUACGUCUCAAACCUCUUGGACACGACCCACAACCUGAUUCUCUUUAUCUGUUUUCUUCACCCAAAGUUUUGUAUUACUUAUAUUUCUAGAAUACAGUUUAUUUUAGAUGUUCUCAUCUUUUUAUGUAAAUUUAUUACGGAGCUCUUCUUGUUGCAUGCCCCAUUUCUCAAAUAUAAACUCUUUUAUAUUAGACGAGAUUCGUUAUCUUAGUUUCUCAAUGCUCAAAAUCUUACAAACUUGUACGUUCGAAUUUUGAGUUCAUUUAUUCCGGAAGAGAACAGCUACAUUUGAAUAUUCA